AUGGAGGUUGGCAUCGAGGCGGCGCGCUGGGUGGUCGGCAAGGCGCUGGGCCCUGCCGCCGGUGAGGUGCUGGAGGCAUGGGCGGCCAGCUCUGAGCUCGGCACCAACAUCCGCGCCCUCAGGAUGGAGUUGUUGUACGCGCAGGGCAUGCUCAACAACGCCUGCGGCCGAGAGGACAUCCAGAACCCGGCCCUAGUGGAGCUGCUGCAGGAGCUCCGGGACCUGGUGUACAGCGCCGACGAUGCGCUGGACGAGGUCGACUACUUCCGCAUCCAGGACGAGCCCGGGCCUACCUUCAGCGCCGCGUCUCCAUUGCUGUGUGCACUGCUGCUGCUCACAUGCCAGGCACCGGCGAGCUCCAAGCUCGCGGCCAUGGCGAGGCUUGGCUUGAGUACGGGAUGA